AUGCCUCACCUUGACUCUAUUAAAGCUUGUGCUGAAAGUGCCGCCGCUUGUACUAACUGUGCUGAGAUGGCUGGUCAAGAAGGAUGUUCAAAAAAAUGUCGUGCCAACGCAGCUUUGGCUUCUUGUACCGCUCAAUUGUUGUCAAUUGACGCCCCUCAAUUGGAUAGUAUGAUCGAAUUAACCAUGAACUCUGCUCAAACUUGUGCUGAUCAUUGCGGAAAGCAUAGCGCCGAUCAUUGUAAAGCUUGUGCUGAUUCCGCUCGUCGUCUCAGUGUUGCUUUACGCAACUAUAAAGAACAAGCUAGUAGUUAA